CAUAUAAUUCUCUAUUUUGUUUCAGGUAUACGUUGUUACGCAUGUAAAAAGAAGUGUUUUGGCGAUAUUUUAAAAGCCGAAGGAGAAAAAUAUAUCCAUAUUGCAUGUUUUAAAUGUGCAAAAUGCUCGAAAUCUCUGAAAGAAAUAGGUUAUUUUACUGGUCCUGAAGGUCAGUUUUUAUGUGCAGAUGAUUUUCGAGCUAUUUCCGUGCCGCUUACAAUCCGUCCUGAACUUGCGCCAUCAAACGAUGCUCCAACAUCUUCUCCCCCAACAUCUCCAACAGUUUGUGCCGCUUGUGAGCAACCAUUGGAAACUGGCCAGGUUCUUUUGGCUCUUGGUGAUCAGUGGCAUGUUUGGUGUUUUAAAUGUUCUGAAUGUGGCGCCGUGCUUCAAGGAGAGUAUAUGUCGCAUGAAGGAAGACCUUUCUGUAUACGAGAUUAUAAUUUAAAAUAUGGUGUACAAUGUUACGAAUGUGAUAAAUAUAUUGCGGGAAAGGCUGGUGGAUAUAAGUUUCAUCCGACAUGCGCAAAAUGCUCUCGAUGUGGUGAACAUUUUGGCGAUGGUGAGGAGAUGUAUAUGCAAGGCGAUGAAAUAUGGCAUCCGCACUGUCAACAUCUAAAAAGGACUGAAAUUCUCUCCCAAUCACCUGGUAAAGUUGUUCGAAUACAUUCACCACAAGAGCCUAAGUACCAGUCGGAUUUUGGACAGCAUUUAACGUACAUGUAUCUGUUACCUGAAGCCGAGCAAACUUAUCUUAAACAACCAAUUCCACCACAUCCACCUCAACCAGCGCAGUUUCACACUCCACAAGGCCCUAUCAAAAUUCGAAAGUCGAGAUUGUCUAUGUUGAAGACAGGAAUGCAACGUUUAACUGAAGAUCUGGAAAAAAAUAUGCCAAGAGCGAGAUCGCCACAUAUGGACAACGAAGAACCAAUAGAAAUGGCUCAUUAUCCUGCUGGACAUGCUCCUGAUCCUGGAAUGGUUCCACCCAUCGAGCGAGAAGAUUUCCCUGCACCACCAUAUCCAUAUGCUGUUGAAGAAUUGAAGCGUCGCUUAUCUUCAUCAUCAGUUGAUGAUGAUGAUGAAGAUGACUAUGGCGAAACUGAUAAGCUUGACGAGGAGAAACUCAAAAAAGCAGUUGAACAGUUGGAUAUUUACGAUAAAGAUUCAUCUAUUGCUCGUGUGAUCAAGCAGAACCUUGAAGAAGCGCAUAAAAAACAAAGAUUACCAUUACAUUGGGAUCCUCGGAAUGCAAGUCGAACACCAUCUGCAAAAAGAAUGCCUCAUUUGCGGUUUAGAUAUGAUACUCCUGUAAAUGCCUCGCCAUCACGACAUUUAAAUCGACCGAAACCAUGGAUAUUUUGGCAAGGAAGAGCUGAUAAAGCGGCUACAACAACAAUACCAUUUUUCCACAUUCCCAGAUCAAGAGUUGGUAUGGCUGGUCGCGCUGCUACCCUCCCUGAUGGUUAUCAAUAUGGUCAAAAUAUUUCGAUGGACGGUUAUGGAACGAUCAGUUCUCAUUUUUCUGAUCAAUCUUUGAAUGCGGAAAAUAUUGAAUCAUUUUGUGGUACUGGAAAAACUGAUGGCGGUGUUGGUGAUAUGCGGUCAGUAUUGCGUACUUCACUGCCAGAUAUGAGUAAACCAGUGAAGAUUUAUCCACUUAGCGAAUUGCAAACUUCAAAUAAAAAAUUACCCGAUGAUGUGGAUCGAGCUCAUCUCGAACGUCAUUUGAAUCGAGUGCAAUUUGAAGAAACGUUUAAUAUGACACCAAUAGAAUUUUAUAAACUGCCAGAAUGGAAACGGAUCAAUUUAAAGCGUAAAGCUAAGCUCUUCUAG